AUGGCGAGCAGCAGUGGCUCCAGGGCCGAAUUCAUUGCUGGAGGGAAAUUUAAGCUGGUAAGAAAGAUUGGGUCUGGCUCCUUCGGGAAAGUCUAUUUGGCGAUCAAUAUCACCAACGGUGAGGAAGUGGCAGUGAAGCUCGAACCCCAGAAAGCGAGGCAGCCCCAGUUGCUGUAUGAGAGCAGACUCUAUAAGCUUCUUCAGGGUGGGGCUGGCAUUCCCCGCAUACGGUGGUAUGGUCAGGAAAAAGACUAUAAUGUGCUAGUCAUGGAUCUUCUUGGCCCCAGCCUCGAAGACCUCUUCAAUUUCUGUUCAAGACGAUUCACAAUGAAAACUGUACUUAUGUUAGCUGACCAGAUGAUCAGUAGAAUCGAAUAUUUGCAUACAAAGAAUUUUAUACACAGAGAUAUUAAACCAGAUAACUUUCUAAUGGGUGCUGGGCCUCGCUGUAAUGUGUGUUUAGAAUGUCAAGCAAAGAAGAGGAAAAGGGGCAUGACUGAUAGUACUUCUCAGGACCCAGCUUCCUUAAGCUCAAACCAGUUAUUCCUUGUUGAUUUUGGUUUGGCCAAAAGGUACAGAGACAGCAGGACAAAGCAACACAUACCAUACAGGGAAGAUAAAAGUCUCACUGGUACUGCUCGGUAUGCUAGCCUCAAUACACAUCUUGGUAUUGAACAGAGUCGCCGAGAUGACAUGGAAUCAUUAGGAUAUGUUUUGAUGUAUUUUAAUAAAAGCAGCCUGCCAUGGCAAGGAAUAAAGGCUGUAACAAUGAAGCAAAAAUACGAAAAGAUUUGUGAAAAGAAGAUGGCCACAUCUGUUGAAGCUUUAUGUAACGGAUUUCCCGCAGAAUUUGCUACAUACUUAAACUAUUGUCGUGCACUGCGCUUUGAGGAAGCCCCGGAUUACACGUACCUGAGGCAGCUUUUCCGCACUCUUUUCAGGACCCUGAAUUACCAAUAUGACUACGCAUUUGAUUGGAUAAUAUUAAAGCAGAGAGCAGCACAGCAGGCAGCCUCUUCAAGUGGGCAGGGUCAGCAGGCCCAAACCCCCACCCCCACAGGCAAGCAAACU